UUAAAGAAUACCCACCCAGAGAGAUAAACCCUAGAAAUUGAUUUCACAUGGGCCUUGCCCUUGUCUACAGAAUUGGGCAAACACCCCGAAGAAACCCACCUUGCUAAGUUACCCACCUUCAUAUAAUCCGUGGGCGACUCGCCGUUUUCCCCGAGGAAAAUCCAAAAAUCUUCACUUGUUUUCUUCUUUUGCGCCAAAUUCGAUCACGACCCGUUACUCUCCACGAUGAGUCCGACGCCGGUGGAAGACAGAUCCGAGAUUGCCUUCUUUGAUGUGGAGACUACGGUUCCGAACCGACCCGGACAGCGAUUCGCCAUUCUGGAAUUCGGGUCGAUCCUGGUUUGUCCGAGGAAGCUCGUCGAGCUCCGAAACUACUCGACCCUUGUCCGACCCGCUGAUCUCAGCCUCAUAUCGUCGCUCUCCGUCCGUUGCAACGGCAUCACUCGCGACAACGUCGUUUCCGCUCCUUCGUUCGCGGACAUCGCCGACACCGUCUACGACUUCCUCCAUGGGAGAAUUUGGGCGGGCCACAACAUAUUGAGGUUUGAUUGUGCGAGGAUAAGAGAGGCAUUUGCCGAGAUUGGCAGGCAGCCACCUGAGCCGAAAGGGACUAUCGACUCUUUGGCUUUGCUAACUCAAAAGUUUGGAAGGAGAGCCGGUGAUAUGAAGAUGGCAACUUUAGCUACAUACUUUGGUCUGGGGAAGCAGACACAUAGGAGCCUGGACGAUGUCAGGAUGAAUCUCGAGGUUCUCAAAUAUUGUGCCACUGUAUUGUUCUUGGAGUCGAGUCUCCCGGAUGCACUAGUGGAGAGUUCAGUUUCACCGGAAACUAGUUCAAGAAGGCGUAGAGCCACGAGAAGAUCUCUUCACGAGGUCAGUCCAUCGUCUACUGUGGAUCAACGGACAGUUGAGAAUGAUCUGACUGUACCUAUUCCGUCCACAUCAACUCAACCAAAUCCAUUCGACUUGAGCCUCUUGAGAAAUGAAGUGGCUUUCACUGCCCUUCAGUCAGAUAUUCCGAUGAUGGAAGAAGAGGAGGAAGUAGAGAGGAAUCAAACGCUGGGUACCAUUGAAAUCCAGGGUAGUGAUGGUCAUUCGGUAUUCUUGGAGCCCGAUGAAGUUUCUGUUCCCAAUAUCAAAGUGAUCCUUGUCCCGUUUUAUCACGGGUGCCAAAAGAUGAAGCUUAAGCUACUCCAUGGAGAUAACCCUCUUCAGCUUCAUUGCCCUCGUUUAAACGUGCGGUUUGGAAUCAACGGGAAGUUUCUGGAUAGCGCUGGCAGACGGAGGUUAAACUUCGUGGUUGAUCUGAACCCGAGCGUAUGCAGGGUUCUGGAAGCAUGUGAUGGUCUUGCCCAGAAACUGACCGCUGACUCGGGUAGCAGUUCAGACUGGAAUCCAGUGGUCAUCCCGAGGAAAGGCUUUGUGAAUUACCCUACCGCGAGGAUACAUAUACCGACAGAGGUGAACGGAGAUGUAACUCGGUACGGAGCAGAGAUACACCAGAGAGACUCGUCUGGAUUGAUCCAGAAGCUAAUCUUUAGCAACCCGAGCGCUGGAGAGCUCGAGUCCUUGUUGAACCCAGGGACGGUGGUUGACGCGUUCUUGACUCUGGAGCCAUAUGAUUACCAGCAGAGAGCUGGGAUCCGUCUGGUUGCUCGAACGCUGAUUAUACUCUCGUAAUCCACAUAGUGUCCGUAGAAAGACAUGGUUUACAGUAGAGCUUACAAAACAACUGCUUUGUAGAUAUAUUUUACUGUUCCUAAUAAGUGCAUCCUUAUUACCUUUAGUCCCUGUUAGAAUUCUUGCCAGAACGCU